AAGUGAAAUGAACUCUGGGAAACGAGUGGAGUAACGUAAAUAGCCUGACCCUGCUUCAUCCCCAGUAGAUUUACAUGUGCAGGCGGGGAGUUGACUGGGAGCAUCACUGUUGCUAGAGAGGGAGCCGUUCUCUCUGUCUGUCAGAGCAACAUGUCUGGUUACGUGCUUACCAGAGAUGCUAAAUAAAAGAACAGGAAAUUCACCAAUGAGCCUCAACGGACAGUGAGAUGAUUUCUCAAGGAGCGAAGGACGAGGAGUGAUGCAAUGGCGCUCGGCCACGGCUCUACGAAGUCGAUUUCAUGUGAACAGGGGGUCACGCCUGCUUCUCUGAACAAUGGGGAGGACGCUGGUGGCCAAGCUGUGGCUCCGCCCACCAGGAAGGCCCGGGCCUGUAAGUGUUUCCUGGCCUUCCUCAUCAUCAUCCUCGCAGCCACAGGAGCCACACUGGCCUGGUACUUCCUGGAGUACCGGGUUUGGGUGUUGGAGCCUUGUGUCCAGCAGCAGUACUCGGCCUACCUGUCCAUCCUCAACAGGAACUUCUCUGCUGAUCUGUCCUCUCACAGCAGCCCGACAUUCAAGAAAGAGGCCGAGGGGGUACAGAACCUGGUAAAGAAGAUAAUGAAGGGCUCGAGUCUUUCUCGAUAUUUCAACUACACCACUGUGUUCGCCUUUGGGGAGGGGAGCGUCAUGGCUCACUUCUGGUUAGUGAUGUCUGUGCCAGGCAGCCGUGUUGGGAGGGUCACACUGGAGGAGGUCACCAGCAGCCUGGAGAAGGGCCUGAGGGGGUACAGAGGGUCAUACCUCCUCCACCUCCCCUCGCUGUCUGUCAGUGAAACCGACUUCAAAGUAAUAGAGCUUUUGAAAGCCUCAUUUGACUGUUACCGCUACCAGAAGGUGGUGUCCAGCAGCCCCGUGGCUCUCCGUGGCCCCGACACGCAGCGUUCCUCCUGCAUGUGGCACCUCCAGGCCGCCCCUGGCUCCCAGCUGGAGCUCCACAUGGAGUGGCUGCUGCCGGAGUGCCGGGACAGGCUGCUGGUGUACGACUCCCUCACCCCAUCCGAUACUCACCUUGUCACAUCUGUGUACGGCUGCAGCAGACAUGAGCGUGUGGUUCAUGUCCUGUCUUCAGGCGAGUGGAUGACGGUGGUUUGGAAACAGGGUCUCUACAACUACAAGGACCCCUUCUCUCUGUCUGCACAAGCCUGGGACCGCCAGGACUGUAACUCCACUAUAGAGCUGAAGGCGGUAUCAGGGGUCCAGGGGACACUGAGGACGCCUUUCUUCCCCAGCUACUACCCCCCCGACACCAACUGUACCUGGAGCUUCACUAUGCCCAGCGUAGGGAUGGGCUUGUCUCUGGAAUUUGACGGCUACGAGCUGAGCAGAGCCAGCUACAACCAGGCUUGCACCCAGGGCCAGUGGAGCAUCCAGAACCGCAGACUGUGCGGCACCAGAGGCCUGCAGCCAUACAAUGAGCGCCUCUUCCUGCUCUCCACGACGACCACUGUUGUCAUGACGUCAGAGGUGUCACUCACAGGGCCGGGACUUCAGCUGCACUACAGAGUCUUCAACCUAUCAGACCCGUGCCCGGGCCAGUUUCUGUGCACUGUUAACGGCCUGUGUGUUCCUGCCUGUGAUGGAAUCAAGGACUGUCCCAACGGACUUGACGAGAGGAACUGUGUGUGUGUGGCACAGUACCAGUGUCCAGAGGACAGUCAGUGUGUGGACUACUACAAGGUGUGUGACCAACUCCCAGACUGCCCCGAAGCAACGGACGAGAUGAACUGUACUGAUGGUGUGCAGUGUACAGAUAUGACCUAUGUGUGCGCUGAUGGAGCGUGUCUGAAGAAGCCGAACCCAGAGUGUGACUUUGUCACCGACUGCCCCGACGCCUCAGACGAGAAGCAUUGUGAAUGUGGCCUGAGGCAGUUCUCCAGCCGUAUUGUGGGGGGGACCAAUGCCACGGAGGGGGAGUGGCCGUGGCAGGCCAGCCUUCAGGUGCGAGGUACCCACAUCUGCGGGGGCGCGCUAAUCUCCAGCCAAUGGGUGGUGUCCGCUGCUCACUGUUUCUAUGACGACCGUCUCUACUCCCCCUCGGUGUGGACAGUCUAUCUGGGUAAACUCCUGCUCAACCCCAGCAGCCCGACUGAAGAAGUGGCGCGAGUUCAGCGGAUCCACCUUCACCAAUACUACGACGAUGAGUCCCACGACUACGACCUGGCCCUGCUGAAGCUGGACCGGCCCGCCUCCAUGGUGAUGGCUGGACACGCUCGACCCGCCUGCCUGCCUCCGCCCACCCACCAGCUGGAGCCAGGCCUGCUCUGCUGGGUCACCGGCUGGGGGUCUCUCCGCGAGGGAGGCAGUGCCAGUAAUGUGCUUCAGAAGGUGGAUGUUCGCCUUGUCAGCGAGGAAGCCUGUGUUCGCACCUACGGCCACCUGGUCACUCCCAGAAUGCUUUGCGCUGGUUACCGCAGUGGAGACAAAGAUGCUUGUCAGGGAGACUCUGGCGGUCCCUUGGUGUGCCAGGAACCGUCGGGUCGCUGGUUCCUAGCCGGAGUGGUGAGCUGGGGCAGAGGCUGCGGGCGUCCAGACUACUACGGCGUCUACACUCGCAUCACCAGGCUCACUGACUGGAUCACACAGGUCAUCAGCCCCUGAGGACGCCAUGGGGAACAUUAUCAUCAUCUUUACAUCUAUAUCCUCUCAACACAAAGCAUGUGAGGAUAAAAAAGCGCUGGAAGAUGAUCUGAGAUUGUUUCUCAGCCAAACAGCGUGGUGGUAAAGCGUGAAAGGCUUUACUCCCAAAGACAUACAGUUAUAAUAAUAAUCAACCUUAUUUAUGCAGCACCUUUCAGAACUGAUAUUAUAUCAGGUUUAAUCCAGCACACAGUAAAAAGAAACAUGCCAAAACAGUGAAAAUAAAAUGAAAUGUUAGAAAGAAUGGUGUCAAAUAAAAUAUGUUUUUAGAAGUGAUUAGAAAAGGCUCAGUUUUCAGGAGUGACUGAAAUGUAAUGAUCGUGCACAAUGAAAGCAACCGACUUGACUGUAAAGAUAUUAGCAGUUCUCACCAUAAUAAAGCAUCUUUCUGUUUUGUAAUCGAGUUUGCAAUAAACUGUUUGUUUACAUGUU